AUGUCUCUUGAUGGUAAGGUCGCACUGGUCACCGGCGCCGGACGCGGCAUGGGACGAGCCACCGCUCUGGCCCUGGCCGCCGAUGGAGCCGACGUCGCAGUCACCGACAUCAUGGCCGACAACGUUGAAGAAACCGCUACCGACGUGCGGGCCUCCGGUCGCAACAGCCUGGCCAUCGUCGCCGACAUCGGUGACGGCAACGACAUCGACCGCGUCAUCGCUGAUACCGUCAGCGCCCUCGGUCAUAUCGACAUCCUGGUCAACAACGCCGGCGUAACCCGUUUCCUCGACAUCAUGGAUAUUACCGAAGCGGACUGGGAUCGCAUCCAUCGCGUCAACGCCCGCGGCGCGUUCUUCGUCAUGCAGAGAACCGCCCGCCAGAUGAUAGAGCAGGGCAGCGGCGGGAAAAUCGUUAACAUCGCCUCCAUCGCCGGCAAGGGUUACCGCGGUACGUCCAACGCCGCCUACGCCGCCAGCAAGGGCGCUGUAAUCUCCAUGACACUGAUCGCCGCCCAUCAAUUGGCUCGCCACGACAUCAACGUCAACGCCAUCUGCCCCGGCUCCACCAUAACGGCAAUGUCCACCAGCACCAUGGAACAGCGGGCCGCCGAGGCCGGCAUUUCCGUAGCAGAGCUGCAGGCGCAACGGGCUACCAAUAUUCCCAUAGGCCGGGCCAACGAACCCGAGGAUAUCGCCGCGAUGGCAGCAUUCCUGGCCAGCCCGGGGGCGCGCAACAUCACCGGCCAGACCAUCAACGUCGAUGGCGGCCUCGUAAUGCACUAA